AGGUAACCGGGACUAUUUAUGAAGCGAGCUUGAUGUACAAGAUUUAUUGACACUGACACUGGAGACUAAAUGUUACUCACGUCACUUCGAAGUCUGUUUUGCGAUCAAAAUUCGGACAGGAUAUUCGAGGGAAACUGGAGAAAUACCAGCGCACUGUCAAUACCCCAUAUAACGGAAUGUUCCCAACAUGUCGACCUUUCCUGGUUGCCAGCGAUCUUCCUUAUCAUAUUUUGCCCACUUACUCUGUAUGAUCUCUACCGUAGUGAACAUCCUCGCGCCAGCUGUCACUCGCCAGUCACAUAUAGAAUUUUGAUUUGCGUUAUUCUUGUCAUCGAUCUCUCUUGCUCGUUUUUUCACAAUGCCUACAGUUAUUUCAUUCUGGAAAAGAGCUCUACACUACACUAUCUGGCCGGAGACUGUGCACAAUACAUAGGCCUCUGCCUGGCUCUGACUCUGCUGAUUGCAUGCAGAAACCGUGGCAUUGUCACUUCUGGGGUGUUGUUCAACUACUGGUUACUAAUGGUUCUAUGCGGGUUUCCUGAGCUUCGAUAUCUUUUAGAACACCAUUUCACUAAUCGGGAAGAAGACAGCUUUCACUUUUUUCUCUACAUGAUCUAUUAUCCCCUGAUAUGCCUAGAGCUGAUACUUUCAUGUUUCGCCGACACGCCUUCUGGAGCUUUCAUUGGAAAGCAAGUAUGCCCUGAGUUGUCAACCUCAUUUUUGAAUCAAAUAACAUUCAACUGGUUCACUGGCUUAGCUGUGAAAGGCUACAAAAAACCGCUGGAAAGGGAUGAUCUAUGGGGUUUGAACGAGCGAGAUGCCUCCACCACACUCAUUCCUCAAUUUGACGAAUACUUCAAGCCCGAGCUGAAAAAGUGCCAGGAGGAGCGCAAGCAAAAACACGGUACCUUGAGUGCAUCAAAGUGUCAACCAUCCGUUCUCAUGCCUCUCUUCAAGACCUAUAAAUUUUCCUUCAUUUGUGGUGCGCUUCUCAAACUAGUUUUUGAUCUUCUCACAUUCGUUGCUCCAGCCUUGCUCAAGCAACUAAUUAGCUUUAUACAGGACCGCAGGCAACCGUUAUGGUCCAUGAUUCUUCACCAGUAUUUUCAUCUUAUGUUCCGAUUGGGUAUGAACAUACGAUCAGUAUUAACCAGUGCUGUGUACUCCAAGGCAAUGAAUCUCUCGAAUAACGCCCGAAAGCACCGUACAACCGGUGAAAUUGUGAAUCUCAUGUCAGUGGACAUCCACAGAUUGCAAGAUAUGACCACAUUCGUGAUGCUGUUUUGGUCAGCACCUCUUCAGGUUAUCUUGUCCAUUAUCUUCUUAUGGAGGAUACUUGGAGUUGCUGUCAUUGCGGGUCUGGUGAUACUAAUCGCGAUGGUGCCAUUCAAUUCUUACAUCUCCGUAAAAAUGCGAGACUGUCAGGUCCAACAAAUGAAUCACAAGGAUGAGAGAAUGAAAUUGAUGUCAGAAAUUCUUAGUGGUAUCAAAGUACUAAAAUUGUACGCUUGGGAAAAAAGCAUGCAAAACACGGUACUGGAUAUACGACAGAAGGAGCUCAACGUCCUCAAAAAGCUGGCCUUCCUCAAUGCUGCCACGACCUUAUCAUGGGCUUGCGCUCCAUUCCUGGUGGCUGUGCUCUCCUUCGCUGUUUUCGUUACUAUUGACCCAAAUAAAAAUAUUUUAACACCGCAAGUAACAUUUGUUGCUCUAGCUCUCUUCAAUAUUCUUCGCUUUCCUUUAGCAAUCUUUGCCAUGAUAUUCAGUCAGGCAGUACAAUGUCGCGUCAGCAAUAAACGCUUGAAAUCAUUCUUUGCUGAGGAAGAAAUGGAUAGUGAUGCUGUUAGCAAUAGGAGUAGCGAGGAGGCGCUGAGGAUUGAGAAUGGCACAUUUGCCUGGGAGAAGGAGGAAGGAAAUGAAACUUUGAGGAACAUCAAUCUUUCGGUGAAAAGAGGACAACUCGUAGCUAUCGUUGGCAAAGUCGGUACUGGAAAGAGCAGCCUGCUGCAAGCAAUACUAGGAGAAAUGAACAAAGUGUCUGGAUCUGUUAAUGUAAGCGGCACGAUUGCCUAUGUACCUCAGCAAGCGUGGAUACAAAACCUGACGCUGCGGGAUAACAUACUAUUUGGACGCAAUUAUGAUCGCUUGUUCUAUGACAAGGUGGUGGACGCUUGUGCCCUGAGGCAAGACCUAUCUAGUCUACCUGCAGAGGACUUUACUGAAAUUGGCGAAAAGGGCAUUAAUCUUUCUGGAGGCCAGAAGCAACGCGUUUCUCUAGCUCGGGCUACUUACUCACAUUCUGACAUCGUCCUUCUCGAUGACCCGCUCAGUGCCGUUGAUUCUCAUGUUGGAAAGCACAUCUUCGAGCACGUUAUAUCAUCUAGUAGCGGAUUAUUAGCAAAUACAACGCGAAUUCUGGUGACUCAUGGACUUCAUUACCUCAAAUAUUGUGACAAAGUAGUCGUUCUGAAAGACGGAGAAAUCAGUGAGAUGGGUACUUAUCAGGAGUUGAUUGCUAGACAGGGAGCAUUCAGCGAGUUUCUUGAAGAGUUUCUGGUGGAGGAGACGAAAAAAAGGGGUCGAAGCGUGAGCUUCGGGGAAGCAGUAGAAGACGUAUCAGAAAUACUAGAAGAAAUGGAGAAAGUUAGUCCCGAACGUCGACGAAGGAUAGAGUCUCAACUCAGUCACGAGAUUGGCAAUGAGAGGGGGUUCGUUCCGGAAAUAGCUCCACCUUCUCCCACAACGAACGGUAGUGUUAUCGGCGCAGACCACGUAGACGAGGAUCGAGCCAUAGUGGAUGCCAAGACUGAAGAGAAAAUGGCUCUUUUGGCAGAUGAGAAAAAGCAGGUUCAGAUGAGCAAAUUAGUGGAAAAGGAGGGAAUGGAAACAGGAAAGGUGAAAUGGGCUGUAUAUCUUACUUACAUCCGUGCUAUCGGCUUUGAUGUUGCCUUGCUCUUCAUCACUGUUUACAUUCUAAGCAGCGUUCUUGGGGUUGCCAGUAAUUUGUGGCUUGCUAAGUGGUCCGAUGACGCUGAAGCGAUCCAGAAAAACGGCACCAGUUACGACACGAACACGCGACUAGCAAUAUAUGCCUCUUUGGGCGUCGGCCAAGCAUUGUUCGUAUGUGCCGCUUCGGUCAUCAUGGCUUUGGGAAUGGUUGGAGCAUCGCGCUUGUUGCACGAAGGUAUUCUAAAGAAUAUACUCCAUUCGCCCAUGCAAUUCUUCGAUACAACUCCCAUCGGUCGGAUACUCAAUCGUUUCGGAAAGGAUGUGGAGGCGCUCGACACGACCCUGCCUGGCUCGAUCCGCUCCAUGAUUAUGACGGUGUUCAACGUCAUCGCGACGCUCGUCGUCAUAAUCAUCGCGACUCCGGUGAUCGCUGUGCCGUUUGCAUUGCUCGCUGCACUCUACUUCGUGGUACUGGAUGUGGACACGUUGGAUACGAGAUUGCCGCAUGCGGUCACGCUGUUCGUCGGAGCCAUCAUUCAGGCGAUCAUGAUCGUCGCGCUGCCCAUCUACGCAACGCCUGCGGUCGUCUUCCUAAUCACUCCGGCAUUCGUCUUCUAUUUCUUCAUUGUGGACGUGGACUGUCUCGACAAUGCCAUUCCCCGUUCUCUAAUGUCGUUUGUGCGCACGUUGAUUGCUUCGAUCGAGAUCGUCGUGGUGAUCGUGUGUGCAACGCCGCCGACUACAGCUGUGCUCGUGCCUUUGUUUGCCAUUUACUUCAUGUUUUUGAGAUUUUACGUAAGUACAUCACGUCAAUUGAAGCGACUUGAAUCAGCUUCUCGUUCACCAAUCUACUCUCAUUUUCAAGAAUCGAUCCAAGGUGCUGCCUUGAUCCGUGCGUAUAGACAAGUAGAUGUUUUCGUUAAAGAGUCUGAGCGGAGGGUGGAUGAAAACCUUGGAACUUACUAUCCCAGCAUAGUUGCCAAUAGGUGGCUUGCAGUUCGUUUGGAGCUUGUCGGCAACCUCAUCGUUAUGUUUUCGGCUUUAUUCGCUGUACUUUUCCGGGAUUCUCCGAAUCUUUCCGCCGGUCUUGUCGGUCUUUCCGUUUCAUACGCGUUGAAUAUUACCCAAACUUUGAAUUGGGCUGUGCGCAUGACAAGCGAACUGGAAACAAACAUCGUAGCUGUCGAACGCAUCAAGGAAUACACAGAUAGUCCAACUGAAGGAGCGCAUUCCAAGAAAAAACCAGCUGAGAGCUGGCCACAGAAUGGAAAAGUUGUCCUUAAUGACGUAUGCCUCAGGUAUCGAGCGGGGCUUGAUCUGGUGUUGAAGCAUGUGUCAGCAAGUAUAGAGCCCAGAGAAAAGGUUGGAAUUGUUGGAAGAACUGGUGCAGGUAAAAGCUCGCUCACUCUUGCACUGUUUCGGACCGUUGAAAUCGACAGUGGAUCCAUUGAGAUUGAUGGUUACAACAUUUCCACCCUUACUCUUGAGGAUUUGAGAUCUCGUCUCACCAUCGUGCCCCAGGACCCGGUGCUAUUCUCAGGCACUCUUCGAUUUAAUCUGGACCCCUUCGAUGUUUAUACCGAUGAGGAGAUAUGGAAUGCUUUAAGAAAUGCCCACCUGGAGCCUUUCGUAGCGUCGCUUGCUGACAAAUUGCUGUAUCAAAUAUCUGAAGGCGGCGAGAACUUGAGUGUUGGGCAACGGCAGUUGUUGUGUCUUGCUCGAGCCCUCCUACGCCGUCCGAAGAUUCUAGUUUUGGACGAAGCAGCGGCUGCUGUUGAUGCAGAAACCGAUUCUUUGCUACAACGAACCAUUCGCGAACAGUUCGCCGACUGUACAGUACUAACUAUUGCUCAUCGUCUAAAUACGGUGAUGGACUGUGAUCGACUAUUAGUUAUGGAUGCAGGUCGAGUAAUUGAAUUCGAUACACCUAGCGCACUCUUAGCGAAACAGGACGGCUUAUUCCGUUCGAUGGCAGAAGAUGCUGGUAUUGUUGCAUGAAAAAAUUUCCAUUAGUUUCCUUAAGCAUACUGAAGAGGAUUUAGCGUUUAUAUCAUACACAUUUAGUCAAAUAGAAUAAUCUCUAUAAGAUUAUCACUUUAUUCGCCUCUGGUUGUUUUGUAUUUUCAGGAAUAGAACAAGUAUUAGAUUUAAUUUGUCAUAAUCAUUAUUGACUGACUGAUCAGACAUAUGUCCGUCUUGUUCGUUUGGUUUGUUGCUCCAUAUCUGUUCUAGCUUUUAAUUGUUAAUGAUUCAAUCAGAAUAUCGCGAGUGUUAUGAAUCUUGUGUUUACACUUUCGCUACAUGAAAGCAAUUUGCGUUUGUUCCGUAUUCUAGUUCGAGCUGGGAGAUCUUAAACUUCCUCGUAAAAUCUAUCAUCACAUACAGAACAGGGUGGACGGUGCCUCCCAGAGCCGAUUCGUAUUCAAAUGGCAGGUCGCCAGAUCGGCUAAUGACGAUUGGGAGAGAUCGUGAGGAACGACUACGACACUAAAAGUCAUCAUGGC